ACAAGAUUUUGGAAGUUAAACUCCAGCAUGAAGAAGGUAAAAGUUGUCGUAGUUGGAGCAGGAGUGGUUGGGAUGUCUACAGCUGUGUGUAUAGCUGAGGCUUUGCCCUUCUGCAGUGUCACUAUCCUGGCUGAGAACUUCUCUCCAGACACCACCAGUGAUGUAGCUGCUGGGAUUCUUCUGCCAUGGGAAAUACCAGGUAUUCCUCUGGAACGUCAGCGGCGUUGGUUUCAAGGCACAUUUGAUCAUUUACUGGCAAUUACUGAUUCACCACAGGCCUCAGAAGCAGGAGUACUCCAGAGCUUAGGAUACCAAAUAUUCAAAGAGGUCCCUAUUAAGACAAAACCGUACUGGGCAGAUAUAGUGUUUGGUUUUCGGACUAUGACGGAUCGUGAAAUGAAGAGAUUCCCCAAUCAUAAGUUUGGUCAAGCAAUACUCACUCUUAAGUGUGAAGGCCUCAGAUAUCUGCCAUGGCUGGAGAAGAGGUUGACAAAAGCAGGUGGUCAGAUGAAACGAGAGAAAGUGACGGACCUUCAGCAGCUCGCCUAUACCCAUGAUGUCAUCGUCAACUGCUCAGGCCUAGGCUCCCGGUCUUGUGGAGAUGAACAGAUCCACCCUGUACGCGGACAAGUAAUUCAAGUUCAUGCUCCCUGGUUGAAGAAUUUUAUUCGUGAUGGAGAUGGAAAUACCUACAUCUACCCAGGCAUUGACUAUGUCACUCUGGGGGGAACUCAGCAGAUGAAUAAUUGGAGCUUGGAGGUGGAUAAGGAUGACAGUAAGGGCAUAAUGGAGCGUUGUAGUGCAUUAUUUCCAUCUCUAAGGAAUGCUCAGGUGUUGGGAGAAAAGGUGGGACUGAGGCCUGGCCGGAGCAGCCCACGUAUUGAGAGAGAAUGGCUGCAAGUUCAGGGGCGACAAGUGCCACUGGUGCAUAACUAUGGCCAUGGUUCCUGGGGCAUCUCUUUGAGCUGGGGCACUGCACUGGAGGCCCUGGAUUUGGUGAGGAAAAGUCUGCAUGAGAAACCACCUCAUGCCAGAUUGUGAAUGCACAGAAUUCACAUAAACAUGAUAUCAGGGGAAUACAUUUUUAUAUAUAUAAUAUAUAUAGUCCCCUUUUAGCUGUAGUUGUCACACAAGGAAACAUCAUUUCAUGUUUCCUAAUGGCAAAUAGCAUUGAUCAUUGUUGUUGUUUCAAUAAUUCACAAAUGUACUAGAAUACUUAUUAGAUUAGCUUUAGUAAUGUUCUGUGUGCUAUUUGUUCUGCUAAAAAUAGCUUCUGCCAGGAAAGAUUUCAGCCAGUCUGUUUUUCUGCCUUUUCAUUGUCUAAAGAUUUUUUGUCACUGCCCAUUAUUUGUUUCAAAAUAUCUCAUGAUGUAAAAUUUCUUAAUUACUGUAGCUGUCUUUAAACAGACAAGUCACUAAAAUGUCCUACUUUGAAUGUUAUGUAUGUAGCCUUGACUAAAUAUUCAGUAAAAUAAUUUGCAAGACUCUUGUGGUAUUACUACCAGUUAUCAGAGUCUUCAGAGUCUACCAGUUAUCAGCCUUUUUUUUUAGAUAAAACGGAAAAAAAUGCAACAACAUAAGCAGGACAACUAUCAUAUACUGUAAAAGAGAAGAUUCAUUCUGGUUAGGACCUGGCUGUAGGCUGCAUUUGGACAAAUGGACCAGACUUUGGACCCUUCCGUUUUACAGUGUUAAUAUGUUGCAGAUCUGGUUAGAUGAAAGUUGAAACAGCUUGGUAAUAUUUCUUAUAUUUCUGCAUAAAAAAAGCUUGGUGAUAUUUAACACCACUAACACCAUUAUUCAAAGAUUAUAACUGCAGACACAAGAUGCCAAUCCUAUUAAACAGUGAAAACUUGUGGGAUUAUUUUGGAGCAGGAAGUACAGGACACUAAUGGAUUCUUGUGCAUUGUGUAAAAACUAAACACAAAAAUUGCAACCGCAGAGCCUUACCAACAACUGGAAAAUCAGUUUUUCCAAGUUUUUAAUGAACAUUUAUUCACUAGUGAUUGACUAAAUUGUGUGUGAAGUCAUUCUAUUCAUAUAUGCCAUUAAUAUAUAGUUUUUGCAAAAGCUGCAAAAAUAGAAAUAAAAGGAAAUCCAAUAACAUUAAGGGCUCAAUUUUGGCUCAACUGCCAAAGUGGGGCUUAUUUUAAUAAACUUUUUUUAAUUAACUUUUUUUAAAUUAACAAUCCUUUUCUUGUCUGAAUUACUCAACUUCACAUUUAGAUGUAUAGCACUUUAUCAAUGGACUAAAAGGGACAUGGCUCAAUUUCUAGAAAUGUAGUUGAACAAAAACAAACAGAUGAACAAGAGAAUAAAGCGGUCUCUAAGGAAUCAAGUAGUAGUAACUUUAAGAAUUUGCAGAAACAUGGAAGCAUGUUGGAGAUAAGAGAACCAAGUCACUAAAAUGUGACUAAAAAUCUCCAGCCAAAGAAGAUUUUUCUCAAGUUGAGUAUGGAGAUACAAAUAUUGCAAACAUACAGACCAAAAGAGAGAGACAACAGGCUGCCUUAACAUCUACAAGGAAUGAUGGUGUGUGCAUGGAAAGUGGUAGUAGGUUAUUGAUCAGAAGGUCGGUGACAUUUAAUACAGCGCCAAUCUGUGGUCAAAUGAUGCCACUGCAUGUAAAAUCAAGUACCUUGAUUUUGCCAUAAGAAAGCUCACCAAUAUUGAAAAUGUUCGGUUGAUACUUAGUUUGUAGGUAUAAUUUAAAUGUAUUAGGUCACAUAUUAACCAGCUCUUUUGAUCUACUUUCUUAAAUCAUAUUGGCUACAAUCAGCAUUUCAGUGCUUUAUUUUUGUAGCUAACUCACAUAGGUAAACCUUUAUCACAAAAAGAAACUAAUCACUUUAUUUAUAGCUAAAUAAACCAUAAGAUAUUAUUGUUGUUUUUUUUUAUUAUCCUCUUCGAAAGAAGUCCAUUUUAUAAUCUAAAACAAACAUUGAAGCCUUUUGAGAGAAUUAAACAGUAUGUAAUGACAUCAUGUAUUCUUGAAUACACCCUGUAACGAUGGGAAAAUUUUUAAGCUUGAUUUAAUUUUUUUGAGAAAAUAUAUAGAAAUAAAAAAAAGACCUGGACAACAGGCAUAUGAAGGAAAAUAAAUUCACCCUUGUCUUUAAAGAAAAAUUAUUCAGGUAUAUUUGAGUUUUGAUAUUUAAAAAAAAUUAUAAAAUAAAAAAACUGUUCCUAAAUUUCAGUAGCAAAAUAGGGUGUGACCCCGGAUUUCAGUUUACUACACAGAAAAUGUAUGCAUUCAUCUACUAUGGUCUUCCAUACUGGAUGAAAUUAAAAAAGUGUCUAAAACAACUAAACCAAACUGAAAUAAUUACUAAAGAGAAGUAAAUUGUGCAGGACUUUACUGGAGCAGAAAACCACUGGCCUAGUCAUUUCAAAAUAAAGCCAAAAUUUCAGGUAUUUGUAAUCACAAUUUUCAUUUUUCAAGGCAAAACUAAACACAUUUUAAAACAAAUGCAAAUUCACAAAUCAUCAUAGAGAGCUCCUAUUUUAUAUUUACACUUGUAAAAGGCAGCAGUUUUUUUAAUUUCACAAUUAAUCACAAUCACAUUCUAAUUCACAAAUAGCAUGAUUUAGAGAUUUCAGAAAUUUCCAGGAUGCUGAUUUUGUACUGGCUACAGUACACAUUCUGAAUAAAUUGUAUUCUAUCUACUAUUAAAAGAUCUCAGAGCAAGCAUGUAUCAUGUAUUUCACAAAACUAUUUCUCGAAACCUAUUAAAAUUUAAAACAAGUGCUGGGAAACAUCACAAUAUCAGCAAAAAAAUAAAUCAGGUUUUUUUUUUUUUAUACAAAUUGUGAUUAGAAGCAGCUGACUCAGUGUUAAAACAUUGUACCGAAUAUGUAAAAAUGGGUAAAUGUUAAUUCUAUAAAUAAAUAAAAAGUAUCACCCUGA